AUGACACGACUCAUCCAUCAACCUGCUCUGACAUGGAGGUUCCAACAUCUCCUUCUCCUUUUGUUGUUGCUCAGCUUCAUUCUACUAGCACAUCAGCAAGCAGAAGAAGAAUUUCUUGAUAUUUUCCUUGAAUAUAGAAACGGAAAGGAUUCUCCAUCAUGUUCUUCAUUGCUUCAUCCAUGUAGAAGUAUUGAUUAUGCUCUCGAUUUAUUAUCAUCAUCAAAUAAUACCAAUAUUCGAAUUAAUUUAUUGGAUGAUUAUGUUCCUUGUGAUUGGAAAUUUAAAAAUUCAAAUAUUACAAAAUUGUUAAUAUCUUCAUCGAAUAAGAGAAGUUUUAGUUGUUCUAUUGGAGUAGAGGCGACGAUUGUGCCAUUUGUCAGAUUUCAAAAUUUGAAUUUGAGGCUUUCAGGAGUUUUUAAAGGAAGUGAAUUAGAGGUUGUCGAUUGUUUGCUUUAUUAUUUUUAUGCUAUAUAUAAUGGUAGUUUGACUCUGGAUAAUGUUACUGUUGGAAGUGAAUUUAUAUUGAAUGCUUUGCAACAGUCAACUGUAUUGACUAGUUCAGAAACUAUUGAAAAAUGGGGAACAAAGAUACAUAUUAAUUCUGGUGCUAUUGAAAAAAGAGAGGGUAAGAUUUUGAUUAGGAAUUCUAGAUUUAUGGGAGUGGCUAUGAGUGCACUUUACUAUUGGGAUGGUAAUUUGCAAAUUGAGAAUUGUUCAUUUGAUUAUUCUUUAAUUCAAUUCGAGUCUGGCCAAAUCUAUGCAACAGGAAAUAAUGACCUUGGAAGACCUGAUUUUGUAGUUAGUAGAUCUAAUUUCUCAAAAUCAUCUUUUCAAUUCGUUGAAGCCAAAAGUGUUACCAUUUCGAAUAGUCUUUUCACCAACAAUCUUCCAACUCAUAUUGGAAAGGUAUUUGCAACCUUUAACGCUAAAACAGAAUAUCCUGCCCUGUAUUUAUCAUCUCUAUCUAUUCUCAAUGUAAAGAUUGAUGAAAGCAAAUUUACAGGAUGUGACAUUGUUGGAGCUUUAUAUUUGGAAGGUGUAGGAAUUUAUGCAAAUAUUCAAAAUACAAUAUUUAGUGGAAACUCAAACAGAAGGGGAGGAUCUGCAAUAACUGUAAAAGAUAUUUACAAGUUACAUGUUCGUGCAACAUUAUUCGAAAACAAUAAUCAGUUAUUCGAAUCGAACAAUCUAAAACCAGAUGAAGGUGUGGGUGGUGGUUCUAUUUUUCAAUAUCAAUCCAUGCUUCAGAUGUUUGAAAAUAAUACAGCUGUUUAUGGAGGUGCCUAUGCUGCCAUUGAUUCAUUAUAUACAACAAAUAUAAAGCUGGAAUAUUCUUAUUUUAAUUGGAAUAAGGCCAGCAAAUAUGGUGGUGCGAUUUUCACACUGAAAUCUUCACUUUUUUUAGGGCUAGAAAGUUCAGUUUCUGAAAAUUAUGCUUCCAUAUUGGGAGGUGGAUUAUAUACUAUUGGAACUAGAUCUACAACAACAGGCAAUGCCUACUCGAAUAACUAUUGUGGAAAUGGAACACUUUCAAAUUAUGCAUCCUUUCCAGAGUUUAUUUCUUUAACAAUUCCAGAAAAACAAUUGAAUUACACUAAUCAUAUGGGAAAUACUAGUAUUCCACAAUUCGAAAUAUCAUUCGGUGAGAAAGUUACCCUAAAUAUUGAUAUAUUUGAUCAAAUAAUUGAUCCAACUGUCAAUUCAUUGACAGAAUAUGAUAUUGAAGUCUUUGUCUCAAAUAGUAACCAUGUAGUAGAGUUUCAGAAAAUUUCUUCCAAUGUUUUGAAUGGAAUUCUAUAUUCCAGAUCUGAAAAGGAACUAUCUGAUAGAAAUUCCACUUUAACCUUUACGAUCAAAACAACAUUAUUUACUAAAGAAAGUUAUUCUUCAAGUAUUUCCAUUCCAAUUAGAGCAACUCGGUGUAGACCUUGGUUUAGUUUGCAACGUGAACAAAAGAUUGUAAAAGGAGAUUUUGCAUAUUCAUGCCAAUUUAACACUCCUCUUAUUAUUCCAUUUAUAUUUAUUGCUUUCUUUAUCAUUAGUUGUUUGGCUUGCAUUGUAAUCACAUUUGGUUGUGUUAAAUUUCAAGGAAUGAGGAGUAAGAUUAAAAUUCUCCAUAAGAAAGAACAAGCAGAAGUGGAAUUAACUCAAAAAUUGUUAGAUUUGCAAUCUCUGUAUGCUUCAGAAUUGGAGAGUAAACACUCAAUCAAGAAUUGGUUAAUCAAGCUUGAAGAUAUUAAGGUUAUAAAGAAAAUUGGAGAAGGAGGCAUGGGUGUUGUCUAUUUAGCAUAUUGGAAGAAUGUUGAAGUUGCUUUGAAGAGUAUCAAAAUAGACGAUGAUGAAAUGGAUACUACUGAAUUUGAACAUGAAUCUUCAAUGCUUUCAUCAAUGAGACAUCCAAAUAUUGUAAACUUUUAUGGAGUUGUUCUUUCUGAACAAUCCAAAUUUAUGGUAACUGAAUAUAUGAAUGGAGGUUGUUUGGAAAAGUUGAUAUACGAAUGUAAAAUGAAGAAGAAGCAUCUCACUUUGAAACAAAAAAUUUCAAUUCUUAUUGGAAUUUCAAAUGGAAUGAGUUAUUUACAUGGAGGAAAGGAUAAUUGUAUGAUUAUUCAUAGAGAUUUAAAACCUGGAAAUAUUUUACUUUCUAAUGAUUUAUCACCAAAAGUUUGCGAUUUUGGAUUAUCAAAACUUUCCAAUGAGAGUUCAAACACUACCAAAACAGGACACGUUGGCACAUUGCUUUUCAUGAGUCCAGAAAUUCUAUUAGGUAAACAUUACAAUGAAAAAUCAGAUGUCUAUAGUUUUGCAAUCAUCAUGUGGCAAUUAAUGUUUGAUGAGAAUUUAUUAUUCCAACACAAUUAUGGAACUAAUCAAAAGUUUUCCACAAUCAUGUCAAAACAGGAAAUUGACACAUUUGCUCAACUUGCCAAUCAGACUUCUCUCCUACUAGUUCCAAAACUAAUAUCUGAAGGAUUACGUUUGCCUCUUCCUACAUUGCCAAUUAAUUCUCAUUCACAAAUAAUGAAAAUGUGGAUUAGAGAAUAUUUCGUUAUGGAUGAUUUGAAAUAUUCGAAUCAAAAUAUGAGAAUGAGUAUUGCACAAGUCGAUCCAUUUGAUAAGUAUUUAACAGCUCUUAAUUCAGUAUUUUCAUUGAUAAGCUCUUCGUGGCGUGAAGAUUUUGAAAAAAGACCUUCAUUUACAAAUCUUGCUGAAGAAUUAUUAGAGAUUAGAAAUAAAUUAGAUUAAAUGUUGUUCUAUC